GCCUACCCGGACACCGCGAUAGGACAGCGCGCGAGGAUGGCACAGAGAGAUAUGUUCGGAAGCGAGAGAGGGAGAGAGAGAGGGAGAGAUUGAGGGGUUUAGGCAACGAAGAGCAGCAAUAACAGGAAACACCGCGCGCAGGGCUUUCCUACGGAGUCGAUGCUCGCGCUGACCAGAGCAGACCGAUAAAACGGGAAGAGGAACGUCUCACAACUCUAAACAGAACCAACCGGUUCUAACAGUCUCGCGGAGAGAGAGAACAAGGGAGAGAGCAGUCUGUUUCCGUGCAGGGAGUUAUCCAGUCGAAAAGUCAUUGAGGAGGAGAAAAGAAAGAGCUAUGGAUUCCCCCUCGGAUUUGUUUGGCCAUCAGUCCUCCUUGAUCUCUCCUUUCGACCCCUAUCCCAACCCCUCCGACCACCCCACACCCUCAGGAGGGGGGCACGGUGCACCCAACCCCUCCUCACGACCCCCCUACCCCCUCAUCCACCACCUGCUGCAGCCUGGUGGAGUCCCCAUGAGGGUCGGGGGGCAAUUACACCUAGACAGAUAUAACAGGGAAGAAGAGGAGGAAGGAGGGAUGGAGAGAGAAGAGGAGGAGGAGGAGGGGAUGGGUGGAGGAUUGGUGGGGGUAGGGGGGAAGAGGCUCAGUGGUGCCGCCCUAGUGGCGGACUGGAGUUAUGACAUGCUGAGAGUGAAGAGAUUAAGACUGGAGAGUCUAGUUAAAGGAGAUGGAGAGAUAGGCUUAGAGGAGGAGGAGGAGAGAGGGAGGAGGAGUGCGGAGAGGGGGAACAGGGAGAGAGGGAGGGAGGAGAGGAGAAAGGAGAGAGAGGAGCUGAAGGAACAGUUGGAAGAGGCGAGAGGAAGACUGAAGACCUUGCAGGCGAAAGUCUGGAAAGCAUUCGGAGAGAGACCCGCUCAGGAGGAGAGGAGGAAGAGGGGCGGAAGAGAGGAGGAUGGUGAUGGAGGGAUGGACGAAGAGGAGGAGGAGGAGGAGGAGACAGCAGAAGGGAUCACUGAAGAGGAAGAAGUGGGAGAAAUCGACGAUCCUCCUCUUUCCUUCAUCCCUCCUUCUCCCCCUUUCUACAGCGUCGCUAAACGAGACCGAAAAGCGAGGGAUCACGAGAAACCAACGGGGGAAGAUAAGAGGAACGUGAACGGAGGAGGUGGGGUGUUUUUGGAGGGGGUUCUGGAGAGGGCGGCAGUGUGGAUGGGGUGUGGGGUGGUGAGGGGGGAGUGGGAGGGUUUUGGGGGAGGCGGAGGGAGUCAGAAGUUUGCCCAAGCUUUAAAACAGGAACUAGGGAGCGCUGUAGCUCGGGUCAUCGAUAGGGUCCUCCGUCUAUACACUCAAAACCAACCUCUCCCUCCCUCUGUCCAUCCCUCCAUCUUGUCGCCCGGAGAGAGAGGGAACGAGGGAGGAGACAGUGGAGGAGUGUGGGCAACCCUUAGAGAGAGGGAGGAGAGGAGGGGGCGAGUUGGUGCGACACAUGACCAGCAACCCCCCGCCCAAACGGAGACCCCCCACGCCUUCCGAGAACAAUCGGAAGCGCUGCCGUUGGUUACGCGUCGUCCCGACAACCGCCGAACCACACUUCUGCCCUCCGACAACCGUACUCACAACCCUCUCCUCCCUUCUCACCCCCUCCCCCCUCUCCGUCAACCUCACCCCCACCCCGCCUUCCUCCCCCCUGUCUCUCGUCAUAAGGACUCCUCCCCCUUCCUCCCCCCCUCCUCCUGCCCGCUCCCCCUCCCCCUCCUCCACUACACCAUGCAACAGCUCUUCACUCGUUCUCUCUCUCACCUUCCUCCUCUCCACAAGGGGAACGUUAUGAACUCUGAUGCCUACAUGGAGGGGAACCCAUUCCCCCCCCAGCACACCCCCUCCUCCUCCUCUCAUCCCUCCUUCCCUCCUCUCUCCCUCGCUCUGAUGGGCGGGUUGGAUCGGCUGGAUGGAGGGAUGCAGCAUAUUCAUGACAGAGAGAGAGAGAGGGAUGGAGGGAUGAGAGGAGGAGGAGGGGAUGGAGGGAUGAGAGGAGGAGGAGGGGAUGGAGGGAUGAGAGGAGGAGGAGGAGGGGAUGGAGGGAUGGAUUCGGGGAUGUAUCUCGGACCGGGUUCAUCUCAGGAGGGUUUGUCUCCCUGUCAUCUGAAGAAAGCCAAACUGAUGUUCUUCUACGCUAGAUACCCCAGCUCUAACACGCUCAAGACUUACUUCCCUGAUGUCAAGUUCAACCGCUGCGUGACCUCACAGCUGAUCAAGUGGUUCAGUAACUUCCGAGAGUUCUUCUACAUCCAGAUGGAACGCUUCGCCAGACAGGCUGCCCGCGACGGUGCACCCUGCCUGGGGAGAGAGGGCAGAGAGCCACCCCUCCGCCUGGGGAGAGACAGCAGAGAGCCCCCCCUCCGCCUGGGGAGAGACACGGAGCUCUAUCGCAUACUGAACAUGCACUAUAACAAGAGCAAUGAUUAUCAGGUUCCUGACAGGUUUGUAGAGAUAGCAGAGUUAGCCCUGAGGGAGUUCUUCACAGCCAUACAGACAGGACGUGACAGUGACCCCUGCUGGAAGAAAUCAAUUUAUAAGAUGAUCUGUAAACUCGAUAGUCCUGUGCCAGAUAGUUUUAGACUGCCUGGCUGCCCUAUUGGCUGAGGAGAGGUCACACACCCUGGGAACACACACCAUGACCUGAUGAACAACAAUGAAAUAGAACAUGUGACCUAUAAUGGAGGGAGGAGCAAGGAAGGUCUAAUGGAAUUACUAUGAUAGGAUAUUACUAUACUAUAAUACGAUAUUACUAUACUGUACUAUACUAUUAUAUGAUAUUACUAUACUAUACUAUAAUACUAUAUUACUAUACUGUACUAUACUAUUAUACAAUAUUACUAUACUGUACUAUACUAUACUAUUAUACAAUAUUACUAUACUGUACUAUCUUAUUAUAUGAUAUUACUAUACUGUACUAUACUAUUAUAUGAUAUUACUAUACUAUACUAUUAUAUGAUAUUACUAUACUGUACUAUACUAUUAUAUGAUAUUACUAUACUAUACUAUUAUAUGAUAUUACUAUACUGUACUAUACGAUAUUAAAAUACUAUAGUAAUAUACAAUAUUACUAUACUAUGAUAUUACUAUACUGUACUAUACUAUUAUAUGAUAUUACUACACUAUUAUACGAUAUUACUAUACUAUUAUACUGUACUAUACUAUUAUGAUAUUUGUAUACUAUUAUACUAUAACUGUAGUAAACAAUUAUUAUACUAUUAGUACUAUACUGUACUAUUGCUGUACUGUACUAUUGCUGUAUUGUACUAUUACUAUAUUGUACGGUACUAUUACUGUAUUGUACUGUACUAUUACAGUAUUGUACUGUACUAUUGCUGUACUGUACUAUUACUAUAUUGUACUCUACUAUUACUGUACUAUUACUAUAUUGUACUGUACUAUUACUGUACUAGUACUAUACUAUUACAGUAUUGUACUGUACUAUUACUGUAUUGUACUGUACUAUUACUGUAUUGUACUGUACUAUUUAUAAACUAUUAUUGUAUUGUACUGUACUAUUACUAUAUUGUACUGUACUGGUACUAUACUAUAUUGUACAGUACUAUUACUGUACUAGUACUAUACUAUUACAGUAUUGUACUGUACUAUUACUGUAUUGUACUGUACUAUUACUGUAUUGUACUAUUACAGUAUUGUACUGUGCUAGUAUUGUACUAUUACUGUACUAUUACAGUAUUGUACUAUUACUGUACUAUUAUUGUACUAUUAGUGUACUAUUAGUGUACUAUUACAGUAUUGUACUAUUACUGUAGUAUUACAGUAUUGUACUAUUACUGUAGUAUUACAGUAUUGUACUAUUACUGUACUAUUACAGUAUUGUACUAUUACUGUACUAUUACAGUAUUGUACUAUUACUGUAGUAUUACAGUAUUGUACUAUUACUGUAGUAUUACAGUAUUGUACUAUUACUGUACUAUUACAGUAUUGUACUAUUACUGUACUAUUACAGUAUUGUACUAUUACUGUAGUAUUACAGUAUUGUACUAUUACAGUAUUGUACUAUUACUGUACUAUUACAGUAUUGUACUAUUACUGUAGUAUUAGUGCACAAAGUUUUCUCUGUGCACUCAGUUCUGCCCUGAAACUGGUGGAAUUCAUAAUUAGUCCACUACUUUUGACAAGAGGCCCCAUCGGCAUUUGGGACACAGGCCUCUGUCUUUCUCGCGGCUCAUAUAUUGUGUUGGUGGAAGACUGUCGCUCCACGGCGAUGAAGCUCUGCUAUGUGGCAACGUAGUCUUCUCUGUAAAAUGGAAUGUUCCACUUUUGUUUGUUUACUUGUUUACUAUACUGUUCCUUUGUUUGUUUACUUGUUUACUAUACUGUUCUUUUGUUGUUGUCAAAAACAUGUAUUUUUAUUUUUAAAUAUUAUCUUGAUCUUUUGAAGUUCAUGUGAACAUGGCAAAUCUGUGAUACGCUAUGAUAUUCCUGCUGGGUUUUUUUUAACAUAAAAAUGGAAUUACUGGAAUCUAGAAUAGUCAUUAUAUUAAUUGUAUUUCCAUGGUUUAUAAUAUAUGACAAGAUCUGUGCCUCAACUUUUUUGAUGAUUUUUGAUGUUAUGACAGACACACACACACGCUUUUGAUGUUAUGACAGACACACACACACACGCUUUUGAUGUUAUGACAGACACACACACACACGCUUUUGAUGUUAUGACAGACACACACACACACACGCUUUUGAUGUUAUGACAGACACACACACACACUUUUGAUGUUAUGACACACACACAGGUCUUUGUUGUGACAGACACACACACAGGUCUUUGUUGUGACAGACACACACACAGACACACACACACUUUUGAUGUUAUGACAGACACACACACACUUUUGAUGUUAUGACAGACACACACACACGCUUUUGAUGUUAUGACAGACACACACACACGCUUUUGAUGUUAUGACACACACACAGGUCUUUGUUGUGACAGACACACACACAGGUCUUUGUUGUGACAGACACACACACAGGUCUUUGUUGUGACAGACACACACACAGGUCUUUGUUGUGACAGACACACACACAGGUCUUUGAUGUUAUGACAUAAAAUCAGUGUAAUAAAUGAAGGAAAGUGGUGAAAACACUGAGAAAUAAAAUGGAGGAUUGAAGAGGGAA